UGUUCCCCUAUCACAAAUCCGUUUUUUAACACUUUUGUCUUGUUGAAAAUUUGUCGCCACGUAAAAAGUGGUCCGAUUUAGCUUUUGAAAUUCCUGACACACAACUAGCAGUCCCAUCAUGGCACCCCAACAGAAGGGCAAACAGGCCACGAAAGGCGCCAAGCAAAUCGUGGAGGAAAACAAGACGACACUGGCUUUCUACCGCAACAUGGCCAUUGGAUGCAGUGCACCCGCUCUGCUCCUCAGUUUCCUGGUCUUUGAAGUGACCAAGACCUCAGUGUUCAUGCACAUCCUGGCAGUGCUGAUCCUUGGCAGCUCCUAUCAGUUUAUGGCUUUUAUGUCACGGGCGAAAUACUCGGAAAGCGGGGCUCUUGUGGACUCCGGCAACGAUCUGAACAUGGAGGGCGGCAUUGCGGAAAACGUCAAGGACCUCAUAAUCCUCACCUCCGGCACCCUGCUGCUGGCCCUCAUCUCAAACUACUUCUGGCUGGUGCUGCUACUGGCGCCAGUCCGUGCCGGUUGGAUGCUCUGGGGCACCGUCAUCCAGCCCUGGCUCUCACAGCGAAACGCCCAGGAGGAGAAUCCCGAGGUGGACGAGAAAAAGCAGAAGAAGAUGGAGCGCAAGAUGCGACGCAUGAGAUAGGAGGAGCGCCUUUCCAAGAUGCUCUAGUGGUUAAGGGGUUCCUGGUUCUAAUGAGAUUCUACGCUUAGUUGUGUGUGCGUUUCCCAAUUGUUAAAUGUUCAGCAAAUUAAACUGCUCGAGACAAAAGACAAUUCACGGGUUUAGUUUAGUCAAAGCAUUUGUGCGGUUUAAUUGCGGUGAAUUUUCCAAGACGACAGGCUCUGCGAGGGAAAUUGCAUUUCCCAAUAGGGCGCCCACGCCUAAUUUUUGUGCAUUGUAAAUAUGUUCGUGUAAUUGUUUAUAAAUAAAUGUGCUUCAGUGCAGCAGGAA